UAGAAUAAGAUGCAAUGGGCUUAAAUUGCAGCAAGGGCAGUUUAGGUUGGGCAUUAGGAAUAAAUUGCUCAGGGAUAUUGUGGAAUCUGUCAUUGUCAGUUUUAAGAGCAGUUUAGACAAACACGUGUGAGGGAUGGUCUAGAUAAUACUUAGCCCUGCUUUGAGUGCGGGGGACUGGACUAGAAGACCUCUCAAUGUCCCUUUCAGUCCUACGGUUCUGUAUUUUAUUAAUUGUGAAUAUGCCUUACGUCCCUCUUCCAGCAGCUGAAGAGACAUUUUGGAAUGAAAAUUUCUCAUCCCUCUACAUUCUAUAUAUUUCUCUUUAAAGAAAAAUCUAAACAGUAAAUUUCUACUUUUUAAAAAUGUAAAUCGUUUAUGUAGGAAGACUACAGCAAGAUUGAUUAGGUUAGGGAAGUAGCAGAAGUUCCACUGCUUGAGAAAUUGAAAACUAUAUUGUAUAAUGCAUCAGUAAAUAUACUGUAAAAACCAAUCCUGAACAGGCAGGAAGAUGCACUGGAUGACCAAAUACAUUUUUCCAUUUUGAAAUUCUUUAAAAAUAUUGAAAAUGCAAAAUUGUAUGAAAAUAUUGAAAGAAAACAUUCAAUUAUUAUAAAAAUUUGCUCAUUUUUACUCUCAAUGGAUAUAGAAAGUUAGCAACAGAUUCAGAUUGGAGGCUUUCUUUAGAAAUUUUUGGUAAAGGAAAAGGUUUGUAUAGAAUUAAUUUUUGCCAUUUUAUAGAAAGCCAGUAUGUGAUGCACAAAGAAAAAGCAUUACAUUUUUUCUCAUGCUUUUAAUCGUGUGGGUUUUUCUGUUUGUUUGUUUUUCAAAGCAGAUGCAGAACACAAGGAGCGAUGCCAGAAAAAUUAGCUUGAUUCCUUCAGAUUUUUAUAUGACAAGUUUGUAAGAUUUUCUACAUUGCUUUCUCAUUCUUUAAGGUGAAGAAGAUUCUGCUAUCAAGAAAACUUGCUUGUUAUGCAAAAUAAGAUACCUGUCUCUUCCAUAAUUGACAGUCGUCAAAAUCAGAGAUGGAAAUGGUAUGACACAGGCUUUGAAUCAUUUGACUUUGAAGGUCUUCAUGGUUUUCUGAGUACUUGGAACAGAAUUCGGACACCUGGGUCUGUGCAGCCCAAUGUUAUAAUGCCAUCCUUGCCUAAUGAAGGAGAUAACCAAGGAACCUCUUGUCUGACCUUGAGUUCAGAACUGCCUUACCAAAGCACGAUUAAAAGAAAAGUCAGAAAGAAGAAAAAGAAUGGAAUCAUCACUGCAAACGUUGCUGGCACAAAAUAUGAAAUUGUUCGUUUAGUAAUAGAUGAGCUGGGGUUUUUGAAGACAAGAGAUGAAGAUGAGACUGCUAAUCUCAUCUGGAGUGAUUCUGCUGUGCAACAAGACAAGAUUGCUGAGCUCCGAAACUACCAGAGAAUCAACCAUUUUCCAGGAAUGGGAGAGAUCUGUAGGAAGGAUUUCUUAGCAAGAAACAUGACCAAAAUGAUCAAGUCUCAGCCUCAGGAGUAUAGUUUUAUUCCUCGAACAUGGAUCUUCCCUGCAGAAUAUAUGCAAUUUCAGAACUAUGUAAAGGAACUGAAGAAGAAGCGAAGACAGAAAACUUUUAUAGUCAAACCAGCUAAUGGUGCAAUGGGGCAUGGAAUCUCUCUGAUAAGAAAUGGAGAAAAACUACAAGCUCAGGAUCACUUGAUUGUUCAGGAAUAUCUUGACAAACCAUUUCUUAUGGAAGGUUACAAGUUUGAUUUACGAGUGUAUAUUCUGGUAACAUCCUGUGAUCCAUUAAAAAUAUUUUUAUAUCAUGAUGGACUUGUGAGAAUGGGCACAGAGAAGUACCAUCCUCCCAGUGACUCUAAUUUGAGCCAGUUGUAUAUGCAUCUAACCAACUACUCUGUGAAUAAACAUAAUGAGCACUUUGAACGGGAUGAAACAGAAGAUAAAGGCAGUAAACGGUCCAUAAAAUGGUUUACUGAGUUUCUACAAACAAAUCAUCUUGAUGUUUCCAAAUUCUGGAGUGAUAUUUCAGAACUAGUGGUGAAGACUCUCAUAGUAGCAGAGCCACAUGUCCUUCAUGCUUAUCGUAUGUGCAGACCAGGCCAAGCUCCCGGAAGUGACAGCGUCUGCUUUGAAGUACUGGGAUUUGAUAUUCUGCUGGACAGAAAACUAAAACCCUGGCUCCUGGAGAUUAAUCGAGCCCCGAGCUUCGGAACUGACCAAAAAAUAGACUAUGAUGUAAAAAAAGGUGUUCUACUAAAUGCACUAAAGCUUCUCAACAUAAGGACAAGUGAUAAAAGGAGAAACUUAGCCCAACAAAAAGCUGAGGCUCAAAAGAGACUUUAUGGUCAUGGCUCAAUGAAAAGACUGUCACCAGGAUCCUCUGACUGGGAAAAACAGCGCCACACGCUAGAGAGGAGAAGAGAAGAACUGAAAGAAAGACUUGCGCAAGUUCGUAAACAGAUUUCCAAAGAAGAGCAUGAAAACAGACAUAUGGGGAACUACAGGCGAAUUUACCCUCCUGAUAAUAAGCUGCUACUUGAAAAAUAUGAGAGUUUGUUAGCCAUUGCUUUCCAGACGUUCCUUGCAGGGAGAGCAGCUUCACUUCAGCGGGAGUUGAAUAACCCUUUGAAAAGAAUGAAGGAGGAAGACAUUUUGGAUCUUCUGGAGCAAUGUGAACUGGAUGAUGAAAAACUGAUGGGAAAAUCCACCAGGCAACGAGGACCCAAGCCCCUGUCUUCUAUGCCAGAAAGUUCACAGACUUUAAAAAAACAGAGGAACUACAGUAGUGAGAGUAGCUGUGACAGCAGCAGCAACACAUCAGAAUGGGAAGAGGAAACUGAAAAGGAAGAUCACAAUGAGAAAAAAGAGAUGAAAGUGUCAUAUGAGCUUGAAGAAAACAAGUAUAAAUUAUUAGAGCGAUCCAGUCCUAUAAGGCGUUCUGUAAGCUGUCCUCGUUCAAUAUCAAUCUUCGCCAUGCAGUCACAAGCCGCUGAGCAGCGUCCCUUUUCAGCCAAACCUGCAGUGCAAAUGCCACGUCCAUCGUCAAUGAAUAGGUCCCAUUCUUUAAAUCGUAAUUCAUCUUCAGUCAGAAUUUGUAAUACUGCCAGUCUGGGCACAGUGCACUCUUCAGGGAGAACAAAAGAGCAAGAAGAGGCAUUGACAAGAGAGACACUGUUCAUUUUCAAUGAUAUGAGGAUCAAGUUCCCAGGAAAAACAGAUGAAGAGGCAGAAUUAAUUAUAGAAAAUAUUAUGGAUAAUUGGAAAUACCAUAAAACAAAUGUGGCUUCAUACUGGCUGAUAAAACUGGACUCUGUUAAGCAACGAAAAGUUUUGGACAUAGUGAGGACAAGUGUUCGUGCUGUUCUGCAGCGUGUCUGGAAGGUUUCUGACGUUGAAUGUUUACAUUUAUACCGUAUUUUUAACCGUGUGUUUAAUCGCUUACUCUGGAGCCAUGGUCAAGGCUUGUGGAACUGUUUCUGUAAUUCAGGAAGUUCUUGGGAGACCAUAUUCAGUAAAAGGACAGAGCUGGUGACUCCUGAACAACUCCAGUGUUGUCAACGAAUAGUACAGCUUUGUAAACACUGCCUGCUGGUGGCUUACAAAUAUUCAGCAGAUUCAAGAGGAUCUCUUACUGGAAUUAGCCCUGACUGGGAUGAUACAAGGUAUUUGCUACCAGGACCUUCACAGCUCAUCAUGAAAACAUCCUUCAACUUUAUCUGCACUUCAUCCGGAAUGCCUCACUCUAACAUUUUGUUUACACGCAGGUAUAGCCACUUGUGAAACAAAGGGAAGGGUGCCAUGCUUGAUAAAUAGUGGCAUUCUGUUUUUCCACUUUAAAUCUGUGAGGGAGCUGAAUAUAAGCCCUGUUAUAUAUUUGUCACAGUACAUAAAAUAAAAUUUUAGCUAAAAUCCUACUGUAAAAGCAUAGACUUUCUGGAAAUGUAAUAAACCUUGUUAAGUUGUUUACACAAAUAUGUGAAUGUCUAGAUCUUGCUAGGUUUAUAAGUAAUUCCCUCCUACUAGAAAUGUUGUUUUUGCUGCAAUAUAUAAAAUGGAAUUAAUCUUGGAGAUCCUAUUACAGUGUUAAAUUCAGGUACAAUAUCUUUUAACUUGAAAUAUAUUUAUUGUAAAUCAUGCUGUUUAUUCUUUCCUAGAUGAUAAAAAGCCUGUUGUAGAACAGUAAUAGUAAUUAAAUAUAAGUAGUCUGAUCAUUUCUAUAGCACAUUUUAAAAUAUUAUAAGCAAGAUCUAAUAUACAGACAUAUUUGUAUUUCUCCUAUGAAAUUACAAAGUAUGUGUAAUAAUGUUGUUUUUCAGUAAGGACAUAAAGUAUCUUUUAGUCUAAAUGAAGACAAUCCAGAGGGUAAAUAUUCAAAUAUACCAGUUCUGGCAAAUAGCUUCUAGUUGGAUCCUUGUAAUAAAACAGAAGGUAACGGUUACUGUCAGAUCUUCCUUCAACCUUCUUGUGUCUUGUGCCUUUCAGUUUCAUUUGGGAUCAAGUAGUAACCUACAGCUCAUAAAAAAGCUAUGCAUAUUUUCUUCUGUUCUGCUGCACAAGUGAUGAAGCAGACAUUUUUCAGAAUUACUGCAGUGCCACAGUAUCCUCUUUAAAUUUUAAAAUAGUACUGUUUGGUUUGGUUUUCACUGUAGGGUGCAUUAUAUAUUGUAGAAUGUAUACUCUAAUGGACAGUAUUUUCUAGACUUGCUGAAAUCCUAAGAAAAUGGUUGAAGAUACAGUUAAUUAGAUUUCUGUUACUCAAAUUCAGCUUUGCAGACCUGGCUGAGUGACACAAUAAGAGUUUGAUAUCGCCAUGUGCCAGAUCCUGAAGGCAGAGGUGAUCUGAAGUGUGAUCUAGAAACAUAAUUUUAAGAGUCUCUCAAUAUCCACGUUUGUCCCAUUAAUCCCUGUACAUCAGAGGUCCCCAAACUGUGGGGCUUGCUUCCCGAGGGUGGGGCACCAAGGAACGUUCAGAGGGGUGUGUGGCAGGCUGGGCCAGCUCCCACAGGGGGUCGAGAGGGAGGAUCACUGAGCCCCGUGCACAACUGUGCUCCAGCCACAGCUCCAGUUCCUGUCUACAGCCUUGGCACGGCUCCGCAUCUGGUUGCGGGCUUGGCUUCGAGCCCCCACUGUGGCCUGGCUAUUGCCCCGCUCCCAGUCCUGCCCCGACCUUGGCCCCUGGCUGCAUCUUCAGGCCCAGACCCAUCCCCCACGCAUCCUCGGCCCCAUACCCCUGUCAGUGUCCCCCUCCCUUAGCUGUGGCUCUGCUCCUGGCCAUGGUUCCAGGGGGGUGCAGACAGAGAGAAGGGGGCACGAUCCACAAAAGUUUGGGGACCACUGCUGUACAUGUACAUCCUAAGAAGUAAUUUAAAAAAAUUAAUCCAGUUUGUAACCAAUUAACUGCCUUGUUCCUGUUUGGUGUCAAAUUCCGGUUCACUCACUGGUGAAAGUGGUUUUACAAAUUUCUCUUGUAGUUGUUUUCCAGAAACAAUGCAAUAAAUAGGGUGGUAGCCUAAGGGCCCUUCUGCCAGAGCAUUACAUGCCUUUUCCUACUCACCGACUGGGGACAUUAAUAUUUCUCUGGGAUGGAUUUUUGAAACCUUGGCCAGAGCCUACCAAAUAGGGAAUUUUGACACCUAUGCUUUUGCCUGUCCAAGUUCCAUACCUGUAGGAUGACCAUUCAUAAUAGCAUGACUGUUCUCUAGAUACGUUUUUAAAAUGUACUAUGCUUUUAAAAUUUAACUCCGAGGCUGAUCAGAUUCAGGCAGUCUGCUAGAAUUUCUUCCUCUUCCAUGUUAAUGCUGGUUUACUCACCCAGCAUGCUACCAUCAGUCCACUUGACGUAUCGCUGUGGGCUAUACAGUGAUGGCAGCUGAUAAUGCAAAUUACAUGUGAUUACCUAUAAAACCUAACAAAAUCUGUAAAUCUGUCCCUCCAGGGAGUGCUAAUGUACAGUGGUCUCCACAGUAUUCUGCUUUUGGCCAUGGGGAAGAUUUUGAUCAGUGUCCAAAGGUGCUGAGCAAGGAGACUGGGCUAAUUCUGCCAGCAGUAGAAUUUUUAAAAGUAGGGCAUUAAGUACAGAUACGCAAACUAGGUAGAACUAGGGAGAUCAAGGAUAUGUGUACACAAAAGUAUCAAGUGAUUGGUUUAAGUUUUCAAAAAUGGUUUUAGUUUCUAGCAGAUGUUGUUUCAUGGUGUUCUUAUUUCUGAUGAGCCAUGCUGGAGUGGUUUUAAUAGUUAUUAAAUCAAUAUUUCAAUAUAAUAAUCCUAAAUGCUUUUAAUCUCUUCCACGUGUAUGGGCUGUCUACUGUAUAGUUAAAGGGGACUGUGUCAGGGGACAGUUACAAUCAGGUUCUAUAGGAUAGUAUAAACCAACUCACCAGCCAGUGUAUCAGAUAACAGGUUUCAGAGUAGCAGCCGUGUUAGUCGGUAUCCGCAAAAAGAACAGAAGUACCUGUGCCACGUUCGAGACUAACAAAUUUAUUUCAGUGUAUCAAAUAAAGGUCCCAACAGCAGCAAAAUUUCAGUUCCUUUCUUCAAGGGUAGGGUUACAAGUCAAAACCAGGACCGUCUAACUUAAAUCAAACCAGUAAACCACAUCGUGCUGCUUAGCUCAUUCAAAGUCCUUUCCCUUCACCCAGGGCCUCUUGCAGAUCUCUCUGUAACUGAGCUGCUUUCUGAUCGUUUAUCUGAGGAGGAGGUAAUCUGCAGGCUAUCACCUGAUUCCUGACCUCAAACCCAUCCCCUGAUAGGCGGCUAAUUAAUCAUAGGUGGAGCUAAGCCUAUCCCUCUUAAAAGGCCAUCCCAACCUGUGAGCAGGACCACAACUAUAUUUCCAAAUUGUAUUAGAGUCUUAGACAUGUUUUAACCAAAAGAGGGGGCGACAUGGUUUUAAUUGCACUAGAGAUAGGCCAUACAUGUACAACGAAUGACUAAAAUAAGACUAGUUGUAUAUAACUUAUAAUAAGUUAUCACAAAGAAAAUGCCAAAUUAUUAUAUAAAAAUAAGAUUUUGCGUAGCUUUAGCACAUGAAUGCUAUAUAUUUUAGAUUAAUACAAUAUUUCCAAGCCUGUGGGGUAGACCUCCACUAUAGUCCUUAGGGAGGCUUAGGAAGGGAAUCAUUGGAGGCAGGGAAAACUGCAUUAGCCUGGAUCUAUUCUAACCAGCAUUGAAACUCUAAGCAGAUAAUGAACAGCAACAGCCCACAUUUUCCUUCUAAGUAAAAGUGCUCAUUUUUCUCAGCCCACUGUGUAAGAGGGUUCUUAGGAUAAGAUACGCUAGUCACCACAAAUAAACUGCAGAUUUCAUAUUUUGAAAGUCCUGGAGACAACCACCCUGCUAAAACAAUAUUAGUCCCUUGUUGAGGGACAGACUAAGCCUUUUGCUUUAGUAACUUUACAAUCUUGAAAAACUGCUGAUAUUUAGACAAAAGAACACAUUUUAAAAGAGACUUUUGAUUAUCAUUAAAUCAUUAUUAAAGUGCAUUUCCCAACAGUCCUGAUUUUUUUUGCUUUGUCCCCUGACAGCUGGGACUGUAGUAUUCUGUUCCAGCCACUCGUCAUCUUAUCUUGCCACUGCUGUCUCUCUGUUCGGAAGGGAGUGUAGAAAGAGAGAACUUCUCAUCACAUACACACCUUGCCUUCAGGAGCAGAGGCAACUUCAGGCCCUGCAUCCUAGGAAUUGGGAAUGGGAAAGAAGUGUGGGCAUCAUUGGGAGUAGAUGAAUCCAGGGGCAGGAAGUGCAGUAUGUGAGAGAGGGACAUGAGAGAAGAGGAAAAGGGAGAGAGGGAGGAAUUAAAGCUGGAGUGCGGAACAAACCUGCUAGCUGCACCCUCAUGAUACCAGAAGCAAAGUAGCACACCUACUGACCAGCACCAUGGUUAGGGAUGACUGUGUGAAUCUGAUGGAUCCGUCUAGGUUCAGAGAAGCAUCCAGGCUUCAGGACGGUGUUUCCUCACUUCUUCAGUCAGGGUACUUUACACGGCUGUGUCUGUGCUUUUGUACAGGUCUGUAGCUUACACUGUGAAAAAAUAUUAUUGCAACUACUGAUGCUACAUCCCAGCACAGUGUGUGGGGCAGAAAAUGUAGGAUUUGCACAGAUGCUCAGCGACCCAGUGCCGUGCCACCCAUUGGAAAACAUAACUCAUAACCAUAGUCUCCUCCCACCCCGCCAAAACCUAGCCCAUUAUGUGGAUUUUUGGACUGAUAGAAGAGCAGAUGUUUAAAAAGUCUGAAACUGUCUGCUUAUUCUCUUUCUCUCCUGUUCCUCCUCCCUCAGACCCUUAGUUUACCAGAAAGCAGACACAAUCCUCAGGGAUCUGGAGGCUUGUAGCUGUCAGAUACCUGGGGGCUGACUCUGCACAUGUGUUUGGCUCCCAUUCUAGACUAUCACAGUUACAUGUGCUCUCUGGCAUAUUUGGAGAAUUGUUCCUCUGAGUAGCUUCCAAAUAUUGAAACCAAUUUAGAAACUGGUUUGCUGUCUCUCAUAUUGUGUGCUAGUGUAAAAAUGACUAUAUUUUAAGGCGGGAUUGACACCUCUAGGACCACACUGAGAAAUACCAAUUACAAAAACUUAAGAAGAUUUCACACUUUAUUUGUGAUGACAAGCACUUCUUACCGUGUGAACAUUUAGCCCGAUGAUACUUGCUCUUACAACCUUUACUGGGAGAAAAUUUCCAUUGAUGUCUGUAGGUGUUUUGUCUGUAUGGAUUGUAGAAUUGGCUUCCAGGAGUGAGCAAAACAGGUGCUGUUUUCCUUAAUGGAAAAGCUACUGGUGCCAAUAUGUUAAUAGUUUGAGUGUUCUAAAUAAAGCACUAGGCCCAGUAAUUUUCCUUCCUAAAGAAAGUGCAAUAUAAAACUGCUUCUGCAAUUCUUGGUCACAAGCUCAGGAGUCCAAAUACAAAGGCAGAACAGUAUAGAAGACACUGUAUUUUGAAGCAUUACUUUUCCUAGGUAAUGUAAGAAAAGAACCUGAUGAUCAUACCCACUUGGUGGACUUUGGUCUUCAGGGUAAAGUGCUGUUUGGAAAUGAAUUUCUUCUCUUCAUGAUAGAAAAAUCAGUCUAUGCUAUGGAAGUUACUUUUCUGUGUAGGAAGAUGUACGGCUAAAAUCUGAUGUGUAAGUCAGACUGAAUGAUUUCUUAGGACAAGAACUUCUAGGAGUUUUUGUUUUUGAAUAAUAAGGUAAAGAUUGGGUUUACAUGUUAUCUCUCUUUCCAUAUCUUCUACAUGUAAAGACUGAACUGUAUUGGAGUUACAUAACAACUAAUUUAGGCCAUGGCUACACUAGAGAGUUGCAGCGCUGGUGAGGGGGUUACAGCGCUGCAACUUAGG